CAAUAUUAUUAUCGGCUCCCGUUGAGUGCGCGCUGCGCGUUCGCGUCGCUGCUUGGGUUCGAGUUUGUGAGGCGCGCGUCUCUGCACACCGGCGCACUGGGAACUGCGAGCGUUUGCAAGAAAGUUUUGAAACUUCUGGCUAAAAGAGCUUGAAAACAGAGAACAGUGUCUGACCUAAAGCGGACACAAUGUCAGGAUCCAUACCGUUCUACCAGAAACAUCACCGUCACUAUGAUCGUGGCUAUCGUAGUCGAGAGUCUGAGUCUGCUAUCAGCCAAUACCAGCAGAACUCCAGCAGUUAUGCCGCACGUAGCAGCAAUAGUGCACAGGGCAUUAGAGCUGCUACAUACACAGCACUAGAUGAGAGCAGACUGAGCCCACUGCCAAAAAGACCCAAGCCCACCUAUCUGGCCAUGGACAAGGAGAACCAGAUCAUCGGUUAUGUGGUGCCCAUCUUCAGGGGCAGUUAUGAGUAUGCAAGUGGUCUGUCAGCCACAGAGGAAGCUCAUGUUAAAGGGAGCACCGGCUAUGUGGCACACCGAGAUCUCUUUUCUAGCAGCGUGGAGCUGGAACGCACAGAACACAAGUCCCGUCGAACCGUCAUGAGAGAGUCUGCCGAACGCAUCUCACUUAGCAAAAGGAUUCAUGAGAACGAGGAAUAUCACAAGCGUAUGAACGAGGACAGCCUAAUGCACACGCCCGAGUUUGUCAUCAAGCCGCGUUCACACACUGUAUGGGAGAAACAGUGUGUGCGGCUGCACUGUACCGUCACAGGAUGGCCUGAACCACGUGUGGUGUGGUACAAGAACAAUGUUAGCAUUGAUCCCAUGGCCCAUCCAGGGAAAUACAAACUGGACAGCAGCUAUAAUGUUCACUGCCUGGAGAUUAACAGGUGCGACUUUGAUGAUACUGCACAGUACAGCGUUUCAGCCAUGAACAGCAAGGGCGAGGUCUCCGCUAUUGCUUCCGUUGUUGUCAAAAGGUUCAAAGGAGAGGUUGAUGAGCAUUUGCCUUCUCCCAGACUGCUCCCCUGCCUGGAGUACGGUGUGACCUUCGAGACGCACAUCGUGGAGAAGUUUGGAGUGACGUUUGGCCGUGAGGGAGAGACGUUGAGUUUUGGUUGCUCUGUUAUCAUCUACCCUUCACUCCAGCGCUUCCAGCCAGAGAUCGAGUGGUACAGAGACGAUAAACUGCUGGUGCCUUCGAAAUGGGUUCAGACGCACUGGAGUGGAGACAGAGCUACCCUAACACUUACACAUCUCAACAAAGAGGAUGAAGGCUUGUACACGCUCCGUGUUAUCACCAAGUCUGGAUUUGAGACACACUCCGCUUAUGUGUUUGUCAGAGAUGCUGAUGCUGAAUCUGCAGGUGCACCUGGAGCUCCUUUAGAUGUUUACUGUCAGGAUGCAAAUAAAGAUUACGUCAUCGUUACCUGGAAACAGCCAGCGGUGGACGGCGGGAGUGCCAUCUUGGGCUACUUUGUUGAUAGAUGUGAGGUUGGCACUAAACACUGGAUUCAAUGUAAUGACACUCCGGUGAAGUUUGCCCGUUUCCCCGUCACGGGUCUCGUGGAGGGUCGCAGUUAUACGUUCCGUGUACGCGCGGUGAAUAAAGCCGGUAUGAGUUACCCGUCCCGUGUGUCUGAACCGGUGGCAGCCAUGGACCCUGCAGACCGUGCACGGAGAGGUACAUCUGCUCCCUGGACUGGACAGAUAAUCGUAACUGAAGAGGAACCUGUAGAGGGAGUCGUUCCCGGUCGACCUCGUGAACUCAGUGUCAUUGAAGCCACUAAAAACUAUGUGGUGCUGAGCUGGAAACCUCCGGGCGAGAAGGGUCAUGAAGGAGUCAUGUAUUACGUUGAGAAGUGCGUCUCUGGUACGGACAGCUGGCAGCGAGUGAACACUGAAAUCCCUGUGAAAUCUCCACGCUUUGCUCUUUUUGAUCUGGCGGAGGGCAAAUCGUACAGCUUCCGCGUUCGCUGUUGUAACUCGGCCGGUGUCGGAGAACCGUCAGAACCGACUGAAGCCACCACGGUUGGAGACAAACUCGAUAUCCCAUCAGCCCCUGGUCGUGUGGUGCCGACACGCAAUACAGACACAUCUGUGGUGGUUUCUUGGGAGGCGUCGCGUGAUGCUAAAGAGCUGGUGGGCUACUACAUCGACGCCAGCAUCGUGGGGAGCAACACCUGGGAACCGUGCAACAACAAACCUAUAAAAGGAACCAGGUUUAUCUGUCAUGGCCUGACCACGGGUGAGAAAUAUGUCUUCCGUGUGCGAGCGGUCAAUGCUGCGGGAAUCAGUGAUUUCUCUCAGGAAUCUGAAGCUAUUGAAGUUAAAGCUGCUAUCGCAUCCCCUGCUCCUCCCUAUGGCAUCAAUGUAUUGGAAAGCGUGCGCGACUCAAUGGUUUUGGCAUGGAAACAGCCCACUUUCAUUGGUGGAGCUGACAUCACCGGAUACUUCAUAGAUUAUCGUGAGGUCAUCGGUGGAGUGUCGGGAAAAUGGCAUGAGGCGAACAUCAGGUCUGUCAGUGAGCGAGCAUAUAGAGUUUCAGAUUUAAAAGAGAACAUGCUGUACCAGUUCCAGGUACGUGCUGCCAAUAUGGCGGGUGUUGGUAUUCCAUCUGUACCCAGUGACACAUUUAAAUGUGAGGAGUGGACCAUUGCUGUACCUGGACCACCCCACGAUCUCCAAAUACAGGAGGUCCGUAAGAACUCUCUGGUGUUGCUAUGGAAACCACCUGUCUACCAGGGCCGUGAUGCUGUCAAUGGAUACUACAUUGAUAUUAAGGAGGCCGAUGCUGACUUUGAGAAGUGGAGGGGUGUGAAUGAGAAAGCCACUGAUCAGAAAUACAUAAAGAUCGAGGAUCUAAAGGAGGGCGAGUCGUAUGUUUUCCGUGUGCGAGCUCAAAACAAGGCUGGUGUUGGAAAACCCUCAGAGGCCACAGAACCGGUUAAUGCAGUGACCAAACCAGGUACUUCAGAGAUUGUUGUUGAAGUAGAUGACGACGGUGUGAUUUCACUGAAUUUCCAGUGUUCUGACCUAAAUCCUGACUCCAAAUUUAUCUGGUCCAAGAAUUAUGAGCCGAUGACCGAUCCUGAUCGUAUGACCCUGGAGACCAAGGGCAACAAGUCUAAAGCGACCUUUAAGACGCCUUCAGAAGAGGAUUUGGGAGUCUACUCUUGUGUUGUCACCCACACCGAUGGAGUUUCAGCCAGUUACACUCUCUCUGAGGAAGGUCUAAAGGAGCUCCUGAAAAUCAGCCAUGAGCACAAGUUCCCUACGAUUCCUCUGAAGAGCGAGCUGGCCGUGGAGUUGCUGGAGAAGGGCAGAGUUCGUUUCUGGCUGCAGGCGGAGAAGAUGACUGCCAAUGGAAAAGUUGAAUAUGUGUUCAAUGACAAUAUGAUAUCCCAGGGAGAGAAAUACAAGAUGAACUUUGAUAAAAAUACAGGCGUUAUUGAGAUGUUCAUGGAGACGCUGAGCAAAGAAGAUGAGGGAACGUUCACUUUCCAACUUCAGGACGGCAAAGCCACUAAUCAAUCCAGUCUGGUUCUGAUUGGAGAUGUCUUUAAGCAGUUACAGAAGGAAUCAGAGUUUCAGAGGAAGGAAUGGCACAGGAAACAGGGUCCACACUUUGUGGAGUAUCUUAGUUAUGAAGUAACACCUGAAUGCUGUGUUAGACUGAAGUGCAGGGUUGGUAAUAUGAAGAAAGAGUCUGUCGCUUUGUGGUAUAAAGAUGGACGAGAGAUUAAAGUCAAUGAGAAACUGGAUUUCUCUGAAGGAGUGUUGACCCUGGAAAUCGCUCAGAUCUCAAAGAAGGAUGCUGGGAUCUAUGAAGUGGUUGUAAAGGACGACAGAGGCAAAGACACAUCAACCCUUAACCUAACUGAUCAAGGAUUCAAAGAUUUGAUGAAUCAAGUCUUCAGUGUUAUUGCAAACUCCUCGACUCCUCUGAAGAUCCAGAGCACUGAAGAAGGAAUCCGACUCUACACGUUUGUCAACUAUUAUAAUGAUGAACUUCACAUCACCUGGCAUCACAAGGAUGCUGCGAUCGCCUUCACAGACCGCAUUAAGAGCGGUGUGGUAGGUGAGCAGCUCUGGCUGCAGAUCUCUGAACCCACAGAGAAAGACAAAGGGAAAUACGCCAUUGAGUUCUUCGAUGGGAAAGGAGGUCUGCGUAGAACCGUUGAACUGGCUGGACAGGCAUUCGAUGAUGCAUAUGCUGAAUUUCAAAGACUCAAGGCUGCAGCCAUCGCUGAGAGGAAUCGUGCUCGUGUGGCAGGUGGGCUGCCUGAUGUCGUAACCAUACAGGAAGGAAAGGCUUUGAACCUGACGUGCAACAUCUCGGGAGAUCCGUCUCCUGAGGUCACCUGGUUGAAGAACGAGCGUGAGAUGGUUUCCGACGAUCACUACAUCCUCAAAUUUGAGUCGGGCAAGUUUGCAAGUUUCACUAUCACCAGCGUCAACACGUCCGACUCCGGCAAGUACAGUAUCCUGGUGAAGAACAAGUACGGUACGGAGAGCGGCGAUUUUACUGUAAGUGUCUUCAUCCCAGACGAGGUGGUCGGCAAGAAAAAAUAAACUAAAGAGAAAACAAAUUAUAGUAAAUUAAAUAUUUAAUCAUAGAAAGGUAUAUGUACAAAAAUAUAAUGCCCCUGUGUUCAAUCAUUUGGAUUAAAUAUCUAAAGGUUUGUGGUGGAUGAAGAGUAACUAUGAUGCUGAUAUCUUGACUGUGGAUGAAAAGUGUUGGUCCCAUAAACCCAAACUAAUAGCUCUUAAAUCAGAAACAGACUGUUAUUUAUUGAAUCAUCUGUUUUGUUCAUGGUGUUAGUAAAAUUGUUUCAACCUCAUCAUAAAGCAAGAGCAGUGUUGUGAGUCCAGGCUGUGUUGUGUGUUUGUGUCGUGUUGUAGAUUAAAUGAGAAGAAACAGAUGCACAAACUGUGUGCGUGAUAGUUUAAUAGUUUCGAAUCGAAGGAGAAGCUCUAUGUCAGUUUUUCAUUAUUCUGUUUUUAAAAGCAGCGGGUUGCAACAUAAUCUGAGAUAAAAUGUUUCUGUGAAUGCUUACAUCACUAAUACAUCACCGCAUGCUUAUAGUGACAUCACUAUCACUUUGUGAAGACAUAUUGAUGAGAGAAAACAUCACUUCCUGUGUGACCUCACAGAUAAUGAUAUGACUCCUUUUGUGAUUUUCAAUAAAUGCAGCACAAUUCUCUCCCUU